AACUGUCACUUAAUAAUUCUAGGUUACAAUUUAGACUUAUGAAUACUUAAAUUUAUGAUUUUACACUUUUAAAGCAAACAUUCAUCUUGAUCAUAUAUCAUUACUCAUAAUAUAAACUAAAGGCUUGCUUUAUAAGAUGAACAGUGUCAAUUUGCCGGAGGACUGUGCUAGACAAUGGGAAAUUUUGUUGUUGUUAUUGUCGUCAGAGGAAAAGAAAAUCGAUCGUACUCACGAAAGCGAGAUCGAUACUAUGAGUUAUUUCUACAACAACAAGGGUGUUAGAAAGAUUUUACUCUACUGGCUUCAGCAGAUGAAGGACACAUACGCACGUAAAACAUGUGAUACAGAUACAGCACUGAAAUGCGACGGAGUGUCGCUGUGCUGGCGACAGAAGGGGAAUGAGAAAUUCAGGGCUAAUUUGGUGGAAGAGAGUUAUAAGUGUUACACUAAUAGCGUAUUGUACGCUAAACCUAAUAGUCUUAUGUACACACUGGCUCUAGCGAACCGGUCGGCUGCUUUAUUGAGGUUAAAGAGAUUUCAGGAAUGUUUGUCGGAUGUGUCUCUGGCUAUAGACAGCGGUUAUCCUGCGGAACAGAGACACAAACUUUUACUGCGUAGAGCAGAUUGUUACAUUGAAUUGCAAAGUAAGGAAGCAAGGACCGCUCUCAACUCGGCCAUACAAUAUGCAGGGACACUCAACAUGACAGUGGCGAACAAAUUGGAAUUCGAGCGUCACAUAAAGAUUUUAGAGAAGAAACUAGAGUGUGUCAAACGGGAUGUUGUUAAAGAGGAAGAGGUGCUGCUACCUGAUUGUUACCUGGGACCGAAUCCUGACUUUGUAUCGGCCUCCAAAUCUAUUGAACUAAGAUAUAAGGAGUCACGCGGUCGUCACGUGGUCGCGGUAGAGCCGGCAGGUCGUGGGGACGUGCUCUUCUCAGAGGAGCCCUACGCAUGGGUCGCUCUGCCCUCAGACGACGCCAUUUGUGAGAUGUGCUGCGACACAGACAUCAAUCCAGUGCCUUGCAGUGUGUGUUCACGCAGCGUGUACUGUGGGUGUGAGUGUGCGUCUCGUGCCAUAUCCUUCCACCGCUGGGAGUGUGUGGGUGCACAGUGCUCACUCUUCCCCACUAUAGGCAUCGCGCAUUUAGCUUUAAGGGUGCUACUAAUAAGUACGAACAACGGAUUCCCCCCGUCGCCGGUGUCGUUGCCGCAGCCGUGUACCGCCGGCGAGUUGUUCAGGAGCUACGGGCUGGUGGACAACAUCCAGAUAUACAAGACGGGCACGGAUCCCUUCUACAGGAUGUUCAAUCUGGUGACCAACUUCAACAAGAUGGACAACACAGAUUACAUACAAUACGCCUUAACGGCCACGAUGUUGACGUUGUAUUUGGAGAAUUUCACGAGUUUUUUUGAUUAUCUACCAAGCAAAAUGCCGUGUAGUAUGUCUGAGAGUCAAUUGAAGUUGUUCGCUGCGGCCGUCAUACUGAGGAGUAUGGGCCAGUUGGUUUGUAACGGACACGCAACCUUAAGCCUGGCAGUCGUGGAAGAGGACGAUGGCAGAAACGGCAAAACGAUAACGGAAAAGGAAGUCCGUAGAGCCACCGCCAUCUAUCCCUCGGCCGCCAUGAUGAAUCACUCCUGCGAUCCCAACAUAAUAAACACUUUCUACAAGAGUCGUCUUAUAGUCCGAUGCCAGCGCGAGUUACCGGCAGGAGGCGAAGUGUUCAACUGUUAUGGUCCACACCGAGCCCGCGCGCCCGCCGCAGCGCGACGGAAAGCGCUCAAGGCUCAGUAUAUGUUCACGUGCCACUGUGCCGACUGCAACGACACGGAGAGGAAAGACUUCGUGUCGUUGUUCAGCGCGUACCUGUGUCAGUCGUGUAAGGGUCCGGUGUGGGCGCAUGGUGUUCGUCCUCUGUGCACACAGUGUCGGUCAGCACUCCACCUGGAACGUGCACACACACUACUGGAUCGAGCUGACGACCUCGCAAUACAAGCGGAACAGGUCGUCAGUUUGGAGGAGCGUUGCGAAAAGAUGGCGGCCUCGUACCGGCUGAAACAACAGGUGUGGCAUCGACACCACGCCUCGCUCAGAAUGGCGGCGGAUAGACUGGCAAGACUGUAUGCUGACACAGGUGAUUUCGGUAAAAGUAUGGAGCUCAUAAAACAGAACAUCCAGAGCCUCGAGUAUCGCUUUGGUUCUUUCAGUGUAGAGGUCGCCCAUGAACUCCGUAAACUGUCGGAUGUUAUGUUAGAAAGGAUUUUGAAUUCACCGCAGCAUCUGGAAUACAGAGAAUGGUGUCUAGAAGCUCAUAAGGUGGUCAAAAAGGCUAUACAAUUGAUGGAAUUGAACUACGGCUCGUGGGAACCUCUUGUGUCUAGACUGAAGCAACACGAGUGCUACCUCGCGGCGACGCUCGCCGAGAGCAGGACUCCCGAGGCUGUGGACUGUGUUCAUCACAACUUACAUUACAAUCUUAAAAUAUAAACAUUAAUCAUACUAUUAUAGCACACAGGCGCGUUCUCAUUCAAAUUUGACAAAUGACAAUCGUGGCACAGAUAACGAAAAAGUUUUUUUUUUUUAAUUUCCAUUAGCUAACGUGAAAUUGUCUAUCAGAAUACAGCCAAUUUAAAUUUAAAUAAUCUUUAUUGAACACUUAUGUGUUUGAAGGCUGUAAUGGCAAAUAAAAAAAUAUUGAACGAAAUACUUAUGUAAGUAAUUAAAAUAUUAUGAAUAUCCUAUAAUAGUGAGAUUAUAAGUGAUUAAUAUUAUAAGAGUUAGUAACAUUCUAUAUUAACUAAUGAUGCAUUGAAGUGAAUUUGUUUUUUUUUAAACUCUUAAUAUGCCUUAUGAAGCCUUUGUUGCUAGCGUAUGUAGCGAGUUUUUAAGAUAAGAUUAGGAUGUUUUUGUAAUAAUACUAAUAGUAUAAUAACUACUAAUAUUAUUCAAUAAUUUUAUAUAACAGAUGUGACUAUUGUCUUUAUAACAAUUAAUUUUGUGAUUUUCUUGUAUUAUGUAACAGGAAAACAUACAAACGAAUCACAAAAUGGCCUAAUAGUAAUAAUAAACUAGUAAGCCUAAAUUACUAUUGCGAAGGCAGUUUUUAAUUAUACAUACAGAAAUUAAGUAAGAAAUAAUAAUGUGAGAAUUAUUGUAAUACGUUGUUAUUUGCGAUGUGCCCAAAAUUGGUAUCCGAGGGACAUUUUCCCUUCAUUGCACUAUCAUUUUCUGUGACGUAAGAACGUUACGUCAUCAAAUAUUAUUUUAAUGUUACUUACCAAUACUAUUUCAGUAAAUAUUUACGAUUUGUGUCCUCGGAAAUACAUUUUUAGUUGCCUGGCACAUCACUAGUUGAAAUGACGUUUUGUUUUAACGUUCAAAAACACGAGUUAAUAAUGACUUCAUUAGUUUCAGGGUAAUUUAAAAAUGGUGAUUUCUUAACGAAUUUUAUUAAAACAGUUAUUUAUAUAAUAUCGUACCAAUUGCUGUAACAUCAGCCUUUUUUUAGUGUUUACCAUCAGGUCAAGACAUCUAUCUUUAUUCUUGUUUAUAGCGGUGUAGACCUAGUAUGAAUAAUAUAUAUAUAUAUAUAUAUACAAAUAUAAAUAUAAAAUAUUACAA